AUGGCGUUCUCCGGUACGGCUGUCCCAGGCCCGCACUUGUUGACCUUGUUGCUGCUCGUCAGCGCAGGCAUGCUACUGUCCCUCCUCGCACAUGUUUACCGGGCCUGGUACCGCCUCAGACACAUUCCCGGGCCACGAUGGGCUGCCUUCAGCAAAUGGUGGAUGCUACGUAACACACUGAGUGGGAAGAUGCAUCUCGCACUGAAGCGAGCCUGUGAUGAAUACGGUCCGGUCGUCCGCAUCGGUCCCAACGACUUGGUAACCAAUGACUCGGAGAUCUUGCGCCGCAUGUGGGCGGUGCGCUCGCCAUACCGCAAGGGCGACUUUUACGACGCUAUCAGGCUCGACCCGACCAGGGACAACAUCAUUUCCAUGCGCGACGAUCAUGCACACAACGAACUGCGCGCCAAAGUGGCCAUUGGUUAUUCGGGCAAAGAGAACGAGUUCCUAGAGACAGCCAUCGACGCGCAGAUGUUGUCGUUGGUACGGUUGAUCGAGGAGCGGUACGUUUCGACGCCUGGUGUCUUCCGUCCCAUGGACUUUGCGAGCAAGAUGCAGUACCUAACCCUCGACAUCAUCACAUCGCUGGCCUUUGGCGAGUGUUUUGGCUACCUCUCGCAAGACAAGGACGUGCACAACUACAUCCAAAUCACCGAAGAGAGCAUGCCCGUCAUGAUGACCUUGUCAGUGUUGCCCAGCCUAGCCGCUAUCAUGCAAUCUCCCUUCUUUCGACGUGCCAUGCCCUCGGAGCACGACCGUGUGGGUCUGGGCAAAUUCAUAGCCGUGGCCAAGAAGGUAGUUGCUGAGCGCAUUGCCUCCGGCAAGGUCCAGAGGGACAUGCUCGGCUCGUUUCUGGCCCAUGGGCUUACCCCUGAGGAAGCUGAGGGCGAGGCGCUUGUACAGGUUCUCGCCGGCUCGGACACAACCGCCACAGCCAUGCGCAUGACCAUGGUCUAUCUCAUGACGACGCCCACGGCCUACAAUGCCCUCACCAAGGAGGCCACGAUCCGCGAGGGCCUCCGUGUCUUCCCACCCGUCACGGGCCUCAUGUCGGUGGCAGUCCCACGUGGGGGCGAUGUCAUGCACGGUAUGAGCAUCCCGGAGGGCACGCAGAUCGGAUGGUCAGCUUUCGGAGUGCUCCGCAGCAAGGCCGUCUUCGGUCCAGAUGCCGACACGUUCAGACCGGAGCGUUGGCUGGAGGCGGGUGACGAGGAGCUCAAGGCGAUGACAGCGCAGUGGGAGCUGGUGUUUAAAUACGGAAAGUGGCAGUGUCUCGGCAAGACUGUGGCACUGCUUGACCUGAACAAGAUCUUCGUCGAGCUUCUUCGUCGCUUUGACUUUUCACUGAUCGACCCCAUUGAGCCGAUGAAGUCAUACUCAGCUGGUAUUUUCAUUCAGUCGAACCUGAUGGUCAAGGUUGUUGGUCGUGGCCCAUGA